CAUAUUUGCUGCUGGAGCUCUGGCCAAUCACUUCUGGCUGAUGAAUUUGGGUCGUUUUGUGUUUGGUAUCGGCGGAGAGUCGCUGGCUGUGGCUCAGAACACGUAUGCGGUGAACUGGUUCAAAGGAAAGGAGCUCAAUCUGGUGUUCGGCCUGCAGCUCAGCAUGGCCAGAGUGGGCAGCACGGUCAACAUGAACGUCAUCGGUUGGGUUUACAGCCGCAUUCAGGCUGUGAUGGGCUCGGCGGGACACACCACACUCGGGAUAACACUCAUGAUCGCGGCCUCCACGUGUCUGUUCUCCCUCACAUGUGCUCUGAUUCUGGGCUUCCUGGACAGAAGAGCAGAGAAGAUCCUCCACAAGGAGCAAAGCAAAACCGGGGACGUCAUCAAGCUGACAGACGUCAAGGACUUUCCCUUCUCUCUCUGGCUCAUCUUCAUCAUCUGUGUGGCAUAUUACGUGGCCAUCUUCCCAUUCAUUGGACUGGGCCAAGUUUUCUUCAUCGAGAAGUUUGCCUUCACUACUGUCCAGGCCAGAGCCAUCAACAGUAUCGUGUACAUCAUCUCGGCCCCGGCGUCUCCUCUGCUGGGCUUCAUGGUCGAUAGGACGGGCAGAAACGUCUUGUGGGUCAUGCUGGCUGUCGCCACCACGCUCCUCUCUCACAUGAUGCUGGCCUUCACCUUCUGGAACCCCUGGAUCGCCAUGUGUCUGUUAGGUCUGUCGUAUUCUCUGCUGGCCUGUGCUCUCUGGCCCAUGGUGGCGUUUGUGGUGCUGGAGCAUCAGCUGGGAACCGCCUACGGAUUUAUGCAGUCCAUACAGAACCUGGGUCUGGCGCUCAUGUCCAUGGCUGCGGGAAGCAUCUUAGAUCUCAAAGGAUACCUGUUCCUCGAGGUCUUCUUCAUCGCCUGCCUGUGCUUGGCUCUGCUGGCCGUGGUGCUGCUGUAUCUGUGUGAUUAUUACAAAGAGGGAGAGCUGAACCUGUCGGCCUCAGCACGAGCCGGCCGAGCCAAAUCUGAGGAUGUCCCUCAGCCGUGUGUGGAGGAUCAUCUGAAGCCUCUGUCUCCGUUUGGUCUGCGGAACCGCUAUCUGUCCAGACUGGGAGUGCAGAUGCCGGAUCACUGCUGA